AUGGCCGGAGCUACCAAAAAUGAACGCAAGAACUCUGGGACUAAGGGAGCCAAGAGAGCGACCCCCGUCAUCCUGCCCGAAAAACCGCUUCCUGUUACCCUUCUCUCUGGUUUCUUGGGAGCUGGCAAGACGACACUUCUCAAGCACAUCCUCACAAGCGACCAUGGAUACAAGAUUGCCGUUGUUGUGAACGACAUUGGGGCAAUCAACAUUGAUGCAAACUUGAUUAAGGGCACGCACAACAUCAAGCAGACCAAGGAAAAGGUUGUCGCGCUCCAGAAUGGCUGCAUUUGCUGCACGCUUCGCGGCGAUCUACUGACCGAGCUGGUCCGUUUGCACAAGCUCCAGUCUUUCGACUAUGUUGUCAUUGAGAGCAGUGGCAUCAGUGAGCCCGCGCAAGUCGCCGAGAGCUUCGACAAGCGCUUGAUGGACCAGAUGCUUGACCAGUCUGACUCGUUGGGCGUCGACCCUGAUCUCAUGGAGACGCUUCGGUCCAUCAAGAGCGCAGGUGGCAUCGAGCAAUUUGCCAAGCUCGACUGCGCCGUCACCGUCAUUGACGCUUUCACCAUGCUGAAUGAGUUUGACACGCCCGACCUCCUGUCCACACGCCGCAAGGACACGCCCGAGGAAGAUGAGCGCACCGUGUCCGACCUGAUGGUCGACCAGAUUGAAUUUGCCAAUGUCAUCCUGCUCAACAAGUCCGACAAGGUCAGCAAGGAGCGCCUCGCCGAGCUCAAGGCCCUGAUCAAGACGCUGAACCGAGGCGCUCUCAUCUACACGACAAAAUUCGGCAAGGUCGACGUCUGGAAACUCAUCAACACGGAGCUGUUUGACCUCGCCAAGGCGCAAGUGAGCGUCGGCUGGCUGCAGGAUCUACACGAACUGAUUCCUCGUGAGAUCAACGGACGCAUGGUCAUCACCCCCAACCCCGAGACAGAGGAGUACAACGUUCGCAAUUGCGUCUACAAGCGCCAUCGACCAUUCCACCCCGAGCGCCUGAUGGAAUUGGUUCAUGACAAGUAUGUCUUGCAGCUGACACAUGGCGACGACGAAGAUGAGGAAGACGAGAAAGAAGACAAUCAAGAUGAUGACAAGGUCGAACGUCCUUCUCCCAUGGCCCUCGACGCGGAUGCCUCCAGCUCCGACAAAGCCGCCACGGAGGACAGUUUCUCCGAUGCUGGAUCUCAUCGCUCUCGUGCGGCCACCCAUGAGACCAUCCCAAGUGACGAUGAGGAGGAGGAGGAGGAGGAGGAAUACGACGCAGGAUUCGAGAUUCCAGAUGACGAGAUCAUCCUCGCCAACCGCCGCAAUCAUCCCAUCCUUAAAGACCUGCUCCGCUCCAAGGGUGGCAUAUGGCUGGCGACCCGCCCCGACACCAGAGGCGAGUGGUCCCAGGCCGGCGCCAUGCUCUCCAUGAUCCCAAAUGGGCCCUUUUGGUGCACAUUCCCCAAGGAAGAAUGGCCCGCCGAGCACGGCGAGUUUGACGAGCAAUUCGAGUACGAGAUCAAGGCGGGUGGCGAAUGGGGUGACCGCGCCCAGGAGAUUGUCUUUAUCGGUCUGGCCCUGCAAAAGGAGAAGCUCGCCAAGCUAUUUGACGACUGCCUUCUCAACGACGAGGAGUGGGAGGCGUGGCAGCAGGUGAUGCGCCAGGACAAGACUGUCGAGGAAAAGGUCGAGGAGCUGAAUGACUUGUUCGACGACGGCUUUCCGGACUGGAACGAGGAGGAGCAUGAUCAUGAUCAUAAUGACGAGGGAGUCUGCCAGACAAACGAUGGUGACUCGGAGCCACCCAAGAAGAAGCGCAACAUUAGUGAGUACACAGGCAAGCUUGGGGAGGUCUCUUGA